UAAAUAGAAUUUAACAUAAUUUACAAGGUUUUUCUUUUCUUUUUUCAAUAACAAGAAGGAUUGUGGUGGCGAACAGGAAUGGUCAUUUGUCACAAAUGUGAAGUCAAUGAGCUAUAUCUUGUUUAUUUAUGUAAAACACAACGGGCAACAGUAGGUGGUAGUAAUGAACCCAGCCAGUAGGGGAGAUAGAAGACGUGUAAACAGUUAGAUAAGGCUCAAAUAUGACGAAAGAAAAAAUGAAUGAAUGGUGACAAUAAGUUAUGGCGAGUCUGUUAUCAAUUAAGGUCCACUUUCAACAGCUUCUGGCAGGUGGAGAAGGCAGUGUAUUUUGAUUAUGGGCAUGUUGAUCACAUCCUCAUCUGUUUACUCUCUGAUCUGGCUUUCGAAUCAGGCUUGCAGAUUUGUUCCACUAAUAAAUGAGGUAAAUUUUGCCAUUUUUGAAAGAGAUUCAAUAUCAUGGACCAUCAAGAAAAGCCUGUUCUCUCAAGAUUGGAUCGCCUUGAUCGCUUGGUGCAGCUGUUGGAAGAGAGGCACUAUUCUUCGAGUCGUGUGACCACAAAGCUGAACAAGGAAGAGGAGUGCAAGACUUUGUCAUCUGCGCUUGAGGAAGUGAAUCAUAAGGGCACGCUGAUGGAGCGACUAACCAUGCUUGAGUCUCAAGUACUACAGUUGAGCCUAAAGAUGGAAGUCGGAAACACAUCAAAAUCAAGUUCUUCCACAGUCCAGUUGCCGGAAAAAGAUGAACCUAAAUCAAGCUUUAGCGUAGUCACAGGGACGACGAUGAUGUAUUUGACACUCUUCAAGUCCAGGUAAGUUGGAAAUGGGAUAAACUGGAUUAGGUUGUGUAAUUAGCAUUCUCAUUAAAAUUUUGAAGGUGAUAUUGCACCAAAGGCCCUUGGAAUUAAAAUCGCAAAGACACCAAAAUGGGAGAACAGGGAGAAAGUGGGUUGGCGUUGGAUGGUUUCGGAUGGGAUGUUGGGGUUGAUGGCAGUUAAUGUCGAUUCAGAAUUAUGUUAUUACUUUAUAAAAAUAUUUUAAUAGAGUACUAAAAAUGAUUAUUAAGAGA